GUACCUGCCUCGGUAGGUACCUCAUCCCCAUCUGCUAUGCCUCAUAGUGAAAAAGGUCCAACAACCUCCAAACCUCCAAUGCAUCGCCUCAAUUUGUAUCCCUUCUGACCCCUACCCACAUACUCCCUUGGGUAAAGCUGGAAUUCUACCCUGCUUUCCCAGACAUCGACCCCAGCGUCUUGAUCGUCUCCCUGCCCGUCUCUCACUCCUCUCUGCCUCGGCCUCUCUGCAGCGUUAUCCAAACUCUGCAUUUCGUGGCGCGCCUGCGUAUCACCCGAGAUCUUAUCGCCGUCGCCCUCCCUUCCCCAACCUCCUCCCGUCCUCCCUCCAUCGUCCGCCGAGUGAAUGCCUGCCUUUUGCAUAAUGGGAUACUAGUGUAACGAUAUAGGGGCUAUUGCAUUGUCCGCAGGUCCUCUGUAUAGGUACCUCUAUAUACCUAGGCGUAUAUAGCUUAGUAGGUAGGUAGUGGAGAUGCCGAUUCGCGUCAAGUCGCGGCCCGUGGCGGCGCCGGAACGCGUUCCAUCGCCCCAGCUCGAUCAUUCCGAUCGCCUCGAUGCUCGACUCCCAAACAUUGCUCACGAGGACACCUUCCGCGAUGUCGUCAAGAAGCUUUCUCUAUACAUAGCCGACGUUAUCUGUAUGCCGAGCACCUUCGAGCAGUUACGCACCACGUCAGCUGGGGACGAUCUGCAGUUACUCGUCGAGCACCUGAGUGCCUGGGUCACCAACCCCCUGAUUGUAAACGCUCUGCUCGCUUUGAGGUGGCAUUACGGCACAAUUACCGACGAUCGAGGGGUGAGCGAGGCCCGCGCAAAUGCCUGUGAGAUCGCUGCCUGGCGAUUCUUGACUCGUCUAUCGGAACGGGAGGUUGUCGAGUUUUGCCUGCAUGAGAUUCCGGAUGACGGUGAGGAAGAUGAGCUCUCCGGCGCCGAUGACCCGGCAGAUGGCGGCGAGAGCAACGAGAGGACCUCUCUGUUGAGUAACGCAUCAACAUGCUCCUCUUCGGGCCACUAUCUGGAUCGACGCCCUAGCGGAUCUUCGAGAAGGAACCAGUUGUUCCAAUCCGUCUCGAAAUUGACCAUGAGCAGACGUGCUAGCGAUGUCGCGGAAUCAGAAAACGACCCCACGGCGCCCUUCACCCACCUCAACGCCUUAGAAAUUGCAGCUAUCGCCGAUGCCAAGCGAUUCCUCAGCCAACACGUGGUGCAGAAGAUCAUCACCGGCAUAUGGAAUGGCGAUAUAAUAUUCUGGGAUCGGCUUGCCGUCCAUUCGGUGAAGAAGCCUCGGUUCUAUAACCAUAGUACGGCUGAUCCUUUCUCGCGCCUUCGCGUGCCCAAGUACCUCAAAGCCUACGAGGUAGCAUUCUUCAUCGGAUUUUUGCUAUUAUACUAUAGCGUCUUGAUCCAGCAGAACCGCUAUGCCAUCACUCCUCUCGAGGUUUUACUUUACGUCUGGUUCGCGGCCUUUUUCUAUGACGAAAUUAGCGAGUACAUCGAUGCCGGGUCGAUUUUCUACGCCGCCGACGUCUGGAAUCUGUUCGAUAUGAUCAUGAUCGCUAUCGGGAUUGUCUUCGCUGUUUUGAGGUUUGCUGGACUAUACAAGCAGGACUACACCCUCGUUGACAUCGCCUUCGACGUCUUGUCGCUCGAGGCCCUCUUUAUGGUGCCCAGGGUCUGUUCAAUUCUCAGCCUUUCCCCGUACUGGGGCACCUUGAUUCCCUGCCUGAAGGAAAUGGGAAAAGACUUCCUCAAAUUCAUGGUUUUGGUAAUCGUUGUUUAUGUCGGGUUCCUGACCACGUUUUCCCUCAUCGGGAGGGAGGCGUAUACGUUUCCGCACAUGGCCAUGAUCGUGACCAAAAUCUUUUUUGGUUCUAGUUACGUCGGAUUUGAUGUUAUGGAAGACAUCGACCCGAUCUUCGGCCCCCCGCUUAUGCUAAUAUUCGUCACUCUGAGCUCGAUACUGCUUAUGGGUUCCCUAACCGGUAUGCUCAGCAACAGUUUCUCCCGGGUCAUCACCCACGCCCGAGAAGAAUAUCUGUACGUGUAUAGCGUAUACGUACUUGAGGCCUCCACUAGCAACAGACUCACGCACUUUUAUCCGCCGUUUAACCUCAUCGCACUUGGAAUCUUCAGACCGCUACGCUUGUUCCUGCCCUCUGAUAACAAAUUCCGUCAAGGGCGCAUUCUCCUUCUUAGGGCAACUCAUGCGCCAAUCGUGGGGGCGAUCCAAGUUUAUGAGUGGCUCACCAAGUCGACUUCAGAUGGAUUCGAAAACUUCCGUGGCCCGCCGCAGGAUUCCGUAAAACGACCGUCGGCACCUCCCUUCGAGCGGACAGGCGGUGGGUCGCGAGCGAGAUAUCGCCCCCACUUUCCGACCAUAGAGCCUAGCAGUGCCGAUGUGAUCGACAAGCCGAAAGCUCGGGAACGGCCGUUCGAGGGUGGUUUGGCGAAAGCACCUAGUGACAUGGAGGCACGAAUCUCAGAGUUGUCGGCCAAGAUUGAUAGACUUACUGCCUUGGUCGUUAGCCUGCAAUCCGGGGCAGGUAUCGAUACAGUCAGAACGUAGGGCAAGCAAGUCUAUAGAAGAGAUCAAGAAAAUUAAAGACAGGUUGUGAGAAUAUGACUUCCUCUCAUCAUCUACCAUGCGGGGUCACGAUAACUAGGCAUACAUACACAAUAUUGCGACACAUUUCCCAGAUUCUAGCCACUCCCUGGCAUCCUUAUUUGAUGGCCUCAUUCUGAUCCUAAGAAG